GGAGGACGACCCCAGGGGGAGGGGCGAGGGGGAUCCUAGCUCCGCUCUUUCUCCCCUCCCCCUCCCCCUCCUGGCGAGCAGGGAUGGAGGUGCUGGGCUCCGGACUGGGCAACAACACCACGGCGUCCGAGGGCUCCUUUGAGACACUUGGCAACGCUACUGGGACCUCCGACGUGACCUUCAGCUACCAAGUGAUCACUUCUCUGCUCUUGGGUACCCUUAUUUUCUGCGCGGUGCUGGGCAAUGCGUGUGUAGUGGCCGCCAUCGCCCUAGAGCGCUCCCUGCAGAAUGUAGCCAACUAUCUCAUCGGCUCGCUGGCUGUCACCGACCUCAUGGUGUCGGUGCUAGUUUUGCCUAUGGCAGCGUUGUACCAGGUGCUCAACAAGUGGACACUUGGGCAGGUCACCUGUGACCUGUUCAUCGCCCUCGACGUACUGUGUUGCACUUCGUCCAUCCUGCACCUGUGUGCCAUUGCUCUGGACAGGUACUGGGCUAUCACGGAUCCUAUCGACUAUGUGAAUAAGAGGACGCCCCGGCGCGCCGCUGCGCUCAUCUCGCUCACUUGGCUCAUUGGCUUCCUCAUCUCCAUCCCGCCAAUGCUGGGGUGGCGUACUCCCGAAGACCGCUCGGACCCGGAUGCGUGCACCAUUAGCAAGGACCAUGGCUACACAAUCUACUCCACUUUCGGCGCUUUUUACAUCCCACUGCUGCUCAUGCUGGUUCUUUAUGGGCGCAUCUUCCGAGCUGCACGCUUCCGUAUUCGUAAAACAGUCAAGAAAGUGGAAAAGAAGGGACUAGACACCCGCUUUGGGGCGUCUCCCGCCCUGCAGCCUAAGAAGAGCGUAAAUGGCGAGCCUGGUAGCAGAGACUGGAAGCAGGGCAUGGAGAACAAGGCAGGGGGAGCUCCCUGUGCCAAUGGUGCAGUGAGGCAGGGUGACUAUGGCGCCGCCCUAGAGGUGAUCGAGGUGGAGAGGAUCGGCAACUCUAAAGAGCAUCUGCCGCUGCCCAGCGAGGCGGGAGCUGUAUUUUGCGCCCCCGUCUCCUUUGAGAAGAAAAAUGAGCGCAACGCAGAGGCCAAGCGUAAGAUGGCCCUGGCCCGCGAGAGGAAGACGGUGAAGACCCUGGGUAUCAUCAUGGGCACCUUCAUCCUCUGCUGGCUGCCCUUUUUCAUCGUGGCCCUAGUCCUGCCUUUCUGCGAGAGCAGCUGCCACAUGCCCACCUUACUGGGUGCCAUAAUUAACUGGCUGGGCUACUCCAAUUCACUGCUCAACCCUGUCAUUUAUGCCUACUUCAACAAAGACUUUCAAAACGCAUUUAAGAAGAUCAUCAAGUGCAAGUUCUGUCGCCAGUGACUGAGGAGUAGCGAGCCA